AUGAAGCAGUCGCUAUUGGGAGACGGCGCACUAAUUCAGGCCGGCGCCUCAAUUAGUGUAGCGCAGACCCGUGCUGAGUUCACGGAGGGCUGGAACCACAAGGUUACAUGCAUAACCGAAGUGUCGGCGCCCCCUAUUCUCACAGAACGCGCUAGUGUUCCCUCCCUCUUUCGUAGGGGGCCCACCUUGGGCUGUUCCACCACUUCAGUGUUGGGAGACAGCGGCGGCUUGGGCCAUAGAGGAAUACAGGUCCUUCCUACUGUCUGUACCACAGCUUCGCGCUCUCCCGCUCUCAGAGCACUAUUGGGAGUGGCAGCGAAGCUGCACCCUCUCCUCCUGGCUAAGUCGGACGCUGGAGAAGGGUUUUGCCAUUCAAUUCCAUCAAACUCCACCCCCGUUCUCGGGUGUGGUGGAGACGGUGAUGAAGACGCCAGAGAAAGUAGCCGCUCUUGUGAAAGAGAUUACGGAACUUUUGGCGAAGGAGGCGGUCACAGUAGUUCCCCAGGAGCAAAGGAACAGCGGGCUAUAUUCGCCCUAUUUCCUAGUGCCAAAAAAGACGGGGAGGGGGGGUUGAGGCCAAUAUUGGAUUUACGCACUCUCAACGAGAGCGUAGCCAAACGGCCUUUCCGAAUGCUCACGACAAAACGUCUACUGGAAUGUAUUCACAACAGAGACUUUUGUGUAAGCAUAGAUCUAAAGGACGCAUACUUUCAUGUGCCGGUACUUCCGCGUCACAGGAAGUUUCUGCGUUUCGCCUUUCAAGGGGUGGCGUACGAGUAUGCGAGAAUGCCAUUCGGGUACGCCCUGGCACCUCGCACGUUUUCCAAAUGUGUGGAGGCGGCAUUGGAGCCGUUGCGCCGUCAGGGGAUAAGGCUAUUAGCCUACCUAGACGACCUACUGGUUUUGGCCCCGUCAGCAGAGCUGGCGAUCACACACACGACACAGACAGUGAUUCACCUCACGCGUCUGGGGUUCGCUGUGAAUUGGAAAAAGAGUGCGCCUUGGCCCAGUCAACAGAUUGUCUAUCUGGGAUUACAGAUAGACACUGUGACUAUGAGGGCGCGAAUUUCGGAUCCUCGACGGGCUGCCUUGUUGUUAGCCCUGAGAAGGUUUUAUCCGAAUCACAUGGUGACGGCGCAUUCCGUCAUGACACUUUUGGGUCUCAUGUCGUCUGCCCACUCCGUGGUUCCGCUGGGACUUUUGCACAUGCGCAAAACAGAGCGAUGGUUUGCUCAACUACGACUGGACCCAGUGAGGCACCGUCGUCGGUUGUUGACAGUUCCCCUCUCGCUCAGAGCGGACCUGAACUAUUGGAGAGACCCGUGCGUAAUGGCACAAGGGGUCGCAAUAGACAGGGUGUCAUCCCACAUUCCAGUGUACACAGACGCUUGUCUGACUGGAUGGGGAGGGACAUGUCAGGCUCGGGCAGUCGGAGGUGUGUGGUCCCAAUCGGGACGUCACAUCAACCUCCUGGAAUUGGAAACGGUUCUACUGGUUCUGACCCACUUCGUGUCCACCCUACGGGGACACGACGUGCUGGUUUGGUCAGACAACAGAACGACAGUAGCCUAUAUAAAUCGCCAAGGGGGAGUCAGGUCUCCUGCACUCCACCGGUUGGCGGAGGAAUUGUGGCUGUGGGCUCACGAGCACCUUCGCUCGUUGACAGCAGCGCACAUUCCAGGCUGUCAGAAUAUCGGAGCAGACCUCAUGUCUCGAGGGGGUCCCCGAGACGACGAGUGGCGACUGCACCCCGAUGUUGUUCUCCAAAUAUGGGAACGGUUCGGGAGAGCCGAGGUGGACCUGUUCGCGUCACGUGUGAACGCGCAAUGUCCCCUAUGGUUUUCUCUACGAGCCCAGGACGAACCGCCACUAGGGAUAGACGCUUUUGCGCACCAGUGGCCGGAGGUUCUCCUGUACGCAUUUCCACCGCUGUCCUGCAUUCUCCCACUGCUAGCCCGUGUGAGAACAGGAGGGCUGUCAAUCAUAUUGAUAGCCCCCGACCGCCCAGGGGCUCCGUGGUACGCGGAGAUGAUUCAAAUGUCGAUUGCGCCAUCAUGGCCAAUUCCACAUCGACAGGACGCGAUGUCUCAGGCGGCAGGCAUGAUAGAGCAUUUGCCUCUAAUCGGCCAGCCACUGAAGUUCAUGUUUGACAAGCAGCGCUCACCCGCCACCAUUAAAGUGUUCGCGGCAGCGAUUUCAGCUUGUCAUGAGGGGUUUGACAGAGACACUGUUUUCAGUCACCCUCUAGUGAAACGGUUUCUAUUGGGGACGCGGCGGCUUAGGCCAAUGGCUAGAGCCACGCUACCACAGUGGGAUUUAACUUUG